ACGUGUGGGUCAAAGGUCAAAUAUAGAGAAGACUACAGAUAAUUCAUUAUAGAUAUCAACACACAAUUUAACAAUGUCAAAGAAGCCUGGAUUUCUCACUCCAAAGGCUAUAUCCAACAGGAUCAAAUCCAAGGGCCUUCAGAAAUUAAGAUGGUUCUGUCAGAUGUGUCAGAAGCAAUGCAGGGAUGAGAAUGGAUUCAAGUGUCACAUGAUGUCAGAGGCCCAUCAAAGGCAGAUGUUGCUGGUUGCCGAGAACCCUGGGAUGUACAUCGGAGGCUUCUCAGAUCAGUUCCUCAAAGACUUUAUGUGGCUGUUGAGUCGUUCGUAUGGCACUCGGCGUGUCUCGGCCAACGAGGUCUAUCAGGUCUAUAUCAAGGACAAGAACCACUCCCACAUGAACGCUACUAGGUGGGAGACAUUGACUGGCUUUGUGUGUUGGCUGGGUAAGACAGGGCUGUGUGAGGUGGAGCAUACUGAGAAGGGUUGGUUCAUCAAGUACAUCGACAGGAGCCCUGAGGCAAUGGAAAGGGAAGCUGCAUCUGCCAAAAAGGACAAGAUGGAGAAAGAUGACGAUGAGAGAGCUCGGAAGGUUAUCGAUCAGCAGAUAGCCAGAGCCCUGGCCACCAAGGGAGAGCAGGAAGAUGAAGGUCCUACCUACACUGAGCUGCAAAGAACUAGUGAAGAAGAGAAAGUGGUAUUCAGUCUAAAGCCAGGUGGAGCUUCAGCUGCCACUGUUGACCCCACUGACCCCACCAAUUCACGAGGCUCGUCCCCUCAGGAUGAACCCUCCCCCACAUCUACACCGUCCAAUCAGCUACCAGGAAACAGCGAGGGCUUUAUCAAGAGCAAGCCACCCCCUCUAACUGUUGUUCAAUCUCUGCCGAAUGCCCUCAAGUCCAGCAAACCGUCCACUACCAGUGGCAGAGAGUCAGUCUCGUCUCACAAGAGCAGUAAGAAUGCUGGCCAGAAGAGAAAGCUCACUGCACUGGAUGAAAUCAGACUAAGGGAGGAAGAGCACAAGGAAAAGAGGAACAGACGAGACAACUGGAUAACUGAGGGCAUUGUUGUGAAGGUGGUUCACAGCAAGCUGGGUGAGAGGUUCUACAAGAAGAAAGGAGUCGUGUCUGGGGUAAAGGAAGAGUUCUCAGCUGUCGUGGAGAUGCUCGAGACUGGGGACAAGAUACGUAUCGAUCAGGCACAUCUAGAGACUGUCAUUCCAGCCAUUGGCAAGUCUGUACAAGUGGUGAAUGGUGCCUACAGAGGUCAUAGAGCUAUUCUGGAAGCACUCGAUACUAAAAACUUCUGUGUCACGAUCCAAAUUGAUCAGGGUCCAGCUCGUGGGAGAAUUGUGGAGAGGGUACCUUAUGAGGACAUAUCAAAACUUCAUAGCUAGCUCUCUGUUUAUAAUACAUGAUCGUUUACGUUUAUAAUUAUUAUUGGAACUUAAA